UUGGUGAAUCAGUAAUGCCGGCUUGCGCCGUCUGAACUAUUCGUGAUGCUUUUUUUAGAGGCAUGGCUGUCUCGUUCAUCGAAGCUGCGGUCAUGACUGCCGUCUCAGAGGAGAGUUUGUUGAUUUCGGCUGACGGCACGGGUACAUACGCGUCCCGCAUGCAGGUACAGCUGUCUAACCAUGGCAACCGCGUUGUCAACUGCAAACAACACGAUGUAGUUUCACAAUAUAAGUGAAUUCAGAGCAGAUGCUGGUUGCCAGCGGGUAUGGUGGUGUUGAGCACAAAGUGCUGGCAACUGUUGGUUGGACGGCCGCGGCCAUUCCGAUCGGAACUGCACAGCACGUCACCGCUCUUGACAGCCCCUCCAGCGCCCUCAGAAGCUCUUCCACUCGACGAAAGCCCAAGCAUCAAUUGAACGGACAGUAUCAUAUAAACGCAAAAUGCACAUUCUCGUAACAAACGAUGAUGGCCCGCCAUCCGACGAGUCCUCGCCGUAUGUGCACUCGCUCGUGUCGACACUGCAGAGCUACGGUCACACGGUCAGCGUCGUGCUCCCUCACACGCAGCGCUCCUGGAUUGGCAAGGCGCAUCUCGUGGGCAAGGCGAUAAAGCCCACAUACUACCGCCCCGCGCCGUUGCAGACCACGGGCGAAGGCCGCCUCACCAACCACGGCUCCACCCACAACACGCCGCUGCCGCCAAACUCGACCGAGGAAGAAUGGAUCCUCGUCGAUUCGACGCCCGCAUCAUGCGCUCAGAUCGGGCUGUACCACUACUUCGAGUCCCGGGGCCCCAUUGACCUCGUCGUCUCCGGUCCCAACUACGGCCGCAACAGCACCGCCGUCUUCUCACUCUCGUCUGGCACCAUUGGUGGAGCCAUGGAGGCGGCCGUAUGCGGCGUCAAGUCCAUCGCUCUUUCCUAUGCCUUCUUCGACCGCAACCACGAUGCUGCCAUCAUCAGCGCCGCAUCCGACCUGAGUGCCAAGCUGAUCCAGUACCUGUACGACAAUUGGGACGCAAACACACAUCUCUACACCGUCAACGUGCCGUUGAUUGAGGGUGUAGGCGGCCGCAAGAUUCUCUGGACCAACAUGUUACAGAACAGCUGGAAGUCUGGAUCGUGCUUCCAGGUGGUCGAGGUCCCCAGCGAGGCGGACGACUCGCCCUCGGACAUCGAGCGCCAGAUCCGCAAGCAAGAAGAGAAGCUCGGCAAGAAGGAGCUGCGCGCCAACAACGACCUACUGCCGGAGAGUCAAGCGGGAAGUGGCACAGCAACACCUAGUGGCCAGCCGCACAUGAGGUACACGCACAAGCACUUCAAGUGGGCGCCACAGUUCAAGGAUGUGUAUGAGAGCGUGGAGCAGAGUGAGCCUGGGAAUGACGGAUGGGCGGUUGCGCAGGGGUAUACGAGUGUCACACCGUUGAGAGCGAACUUCAUGCAUGUCACUGCGGACAAGUUCAAGGGUGAGAUCUCACUGGGGACGUGAGAAGGCAACAAGGCUGGGCUAAAGAGUCCCGUUGCAGAGGGGUAGAGUAUGGGGAGAUGGGAAAGCUCGUAUUGGUUCUGGAUAGACAAACAAUCAACAACUGCCAAUUAGCCCCCGGGCCGCCGAUCCUGGGAAGUGCUCGACGCUUGCAC